AUGCGAGAUGAAGCACAAGGCAGAUUGCGUGAGUUAGUUAAGGACUUUAAACAUGAUAUUAUUGGUAUUGCAGAACCAAGAGUUUCAGUUACUUCUAGAUCUGUUAGAAGGUUUUCUAUUCAGGGUUUCAAUAAUUCUAUUAUUCAUAAUUCCACUAAUUCUCGUAUUGGGAAUCUGUGGGUAAUGCGGUCGUUGAAUAUUGUUGAUCCAGAGGUGUUGAACUGUUCACAUCAGGCCAUAACUAUUAGUGUUAACGGUGUUCAUAUUUCCAUUGUUCGUGCUAGUUCGGAUCAAGUUACUAGAAGAGCUUUAUGGAAUCAGUUGGAUAUGGGCGCUCAACGGGUUCCAUGGUUAGUUGUUGGUGACUUUAAUUGUGUUCUUCGCAAUAAAGAGAAGAAAGGGGGUGCUAUUCCAAGGACUGCUGUAUUGAAUGAAUUUAGUGAUUGGUUGGAUGAUAAUAGUCUUUUCGAAGCGGAGUCUUUGGGAAGCAAAUUCACUUGGUCUAAUAGGCAGUCAGGGGUUAGAAUAACUAUUAGUAAGCUUGAUCUUGCGGAGGUUUUUGGUAAUGUUAAUAUAAGACUGAAACAGGCUAAGCUCAGACUUGAGAGUGCUUUGAGGCUAACAGAUGGAGACCCCUAUGAUGUGGACAAAUUGAAUUUGAUGAGAAGUGCAGCUGUGGAAGUUAAUGAUAUGCGUAUGCAACAGGAUAUUAUGUUGAAGAAAAAGUCUAGAAACAAUUGGCUGGUGGAAGGGGCUAGUAAUAAUAGUUUCUUUCAUAACUCUAUUCGUAUUCGAAGGAGUAGUAAUACUAUUUCGGAGUUGGUGGAUGAUAAUGGGGUGACGAUUACUAAUUGUGAUCAGAUUCGGGACCUUAUUGUUAAUUAUUAUGAGGCGAAAUUUAAUGGGUAUGAUUCUAUUCCAGUGAAGGCUCUUUUUGAUAUUUAUCAUCCUAGUAUUUAUGUUGAGGAAUGUGCUAGCAUAGAUAGGUUGCCUACUCUUGAGGAGAUUCAUGCGGCUGUUUUUGAUUUAGGAGCUGAUAGUGCGCCUGGUCCGGAUGGUUUUGCUAGUUUCUUCUAUAGGCAUUGUUGGGAGAUUAUUCGUGAUGAUUUUAUUUUUACUAAGAUUUUAGAUACUAGGCUUGGUGAUGUCUUGGAAAAAUUAAUUUCUGAGGAGCAGGUGGCUUUUAUGAAGGGUAGGAAUAUUCAUGAAAACAUCAGUCUUGCCUCGGAAAUGGUUAAUGAAACUCAGAUUAGGCGCAAAGAGGGUAAUGUGGGUUUAAAACUUGACAUAACUCAGGAAUUUGACACUUCCGCUAGAAUUUCAGUGUUGGUUAAUGGUAGUCCGGAAGGUUUUUUCAGUAUUGAUAGAGGUCUUCGUCAGGGUGAUCCUCUUUCUCCUCUAAUCUUUGUGUUGAUUGAAUAUGUCUUAACCAGAAAUAUUACAAAACUUUUUCGUAGUGGUUGUAUGACUCAUAUGGUUAGCAGAAAAGGAAACAUGAAGAGUUUGAGAAACCUGGUGGACUUAUUGAGUUUGUAUCAGCGUGCUUCUGGGCAGACGAUGAGUCUAGAUAAGAGUAAACUCUAUUAUGGUGGUGGUUCUUUGAAUAGGAGAGCUACGAUUGCUGCUUUUUUAGGGAUGCCUAUUGCUUCUUUUCCGGAUAGGUAUCUUGGUGUUAAGGUAAUGUCAGGUCCUAUGAGGUAUCAUCAUGUUGCCAAUGUUUUUGAGCAAAUUAAAGAUCAAUUAUCCGGUUGGAAAGGUAGGUUGCUCUCUUUUCAAGAUAGAGUUGUGUUGGUUAAAUCAGUGAUUGCUAGUUACUCGGUUCAUAAUAUGGCUGUAUACAAGUGGCCAAGGAAGUUUUUUCAUGAAUGUGAGGUUGCCAUUCAGAAUUUUCUUUGGUCUGGUGAUUCUAAGGCUCUUCUUAUGAGUUUGUGGUGGAAAAUUCGUAUCUCUAAGAAGGUUUGGGCUCGUUUUUUACGUGCUAGAUUUUUUAUGAGAAAUGGAAAUUUGGUUCAUUACAAUAAAUCUUCCAUUCUUCCUGGGAUCAAAUGGGUUUACUCUUUGGUUGAGGAUAACACUAAGGUCUUAAUAGGGGAUGGGCGUAAUACUUUCCUUUUCUAUGAUGUGUGGGUUGGUGAUACGGCUAUUGCUGAUAUUCUUGAAGAUUAUUCUCUUAAUCGUGUUGUUUUAGUGGGUGAUAUUCUUGUUAACGGUGCUUGGAACUUAACUGAGGACUACCACAACACUUUUUUAGCAGCUGGCAUUGAGGAGGCGGAUUUACCUUUCAUUUUGGAUGGGGAUAAUUGUCAGGUUUAG